AUGGGCGGUCAGGCAAAAAUUGGCCACUGUGUUGGUCCUCCCGGGGCAGCAUACCAAUGCUGGGAGGCCCGCCAAAGCCCGUGGGCGCCUUCAGAUGGGGUGGCAGAUGGCUGCCCUCUGCAACAUGGCUCACAGGCUGCGUCUGCAGCCCACCCACUGGACCUGAACCAGGGCCUGGCAGCAGGUGCGGAGGUAGCCGACCACCUGCUGGCAGAUGAACUGGCAGAUCAGAAUCUGUGCAUUGCAGCCAAGAGCAUAAAGCGUGUUCCAAUAGCAUGGUGCACAGGCAAAGUCGAUUGGGGGGGGGGGGACUGUGCCUCAAAAUUCCACUGGGAACUGCGCAGAGGAAUAGUGCGGCAAGACAAAGCUGCAGGGCGCACAGUGAGGCCGUCCUUAUGUGCAAUGGAAGCCCAAACGUAUAGUGCCAAUAGCACCAUCCUUGCCCACAAGCAAAACGAGGUGCAGCAGGGACCCAGCAGGACUGUUGCUGUCCAGCUGUGUGGCUCGCUCCACCCAAGCCACAAGAUAGUAUCCAUAACACAUUCACUGCUGUUGCCUUCCUUUCAUGCUACAGGAAAAUCUGCAGCACAACUUGCCACACGGCCAACACUUUCCCAUCACAAUGCUGCAGGUGCAAAGCCACCAUGA